AUGACGACGACGGCAACGACAUCACCAUCCGCUUUUCAAAAAUCAUCGACGGGAGGAAAAGCAGCAGCAGCUUACGAUGAUGAUGAUAAUAAUGAUGCCGUCGAACUCUUACGAAUUCUCCGCGAGAUGAUUGCAAACCGACAAAAGUUCCCCGAACUGAGGAAGACGUGCGUUCAAUUUUUCGAACGAAAGAUGAUGGAAGAUGGAGGAAAAGAUGAAGAAGAGCGAACGUAUUCGAUUCCACCGCGAAUAUGUCUGGAUUGCGUGGAGAUUUUGGAAGACGAACGACGCGUGCGAGAGGAAGAAAAUAGCGACGAUAUGAAAGAAUACGAAGAAGAAGAAGAUGAAUUUUAUGACCGAAACUGGGGGCAGGAAGAGUCCUUCUGCGACGACGACGAAGAAGAAGCGGCGCCGAAAGCGUCGACGAAGGAGAUUGAAAGCGAGCGGAUUUUACUUCAGUUUGUGAUCAUCGAGAGUUGCACGAGAGCGACAAACGUUCGAGAAGCGUACACUAGGAACUGGUUUGAACUAAAAAACAUCACGAGGUCGAGAGUGAGGUGCGAAAAGAGCCGACGCCGCGCGGCGAAUUUAGUGUAUUUUGCCGCCAAGGAGCGAGGCGGAGGUGCGCAACAGGCGAGAGUUAUCGCGCGCGUCGCGGAGUCGUUCGGGGUUGGCAAAGAGGAUUUCUUUUGGGGGGAAGAAACGAACGAUAUCGUCACCAAUCGAGUCAUAGAAGAGUACGUUGAAUUUUUAUUGGAGGAAGCGCCAGGGAGCGCGUGCGCGACGAUCACGCAUUUCGAGUUGGAAAAGUUUACAAACUCGGAAACGUUUGAGCUCUUGGCGAAUAGAGACGAGAUUGGUUUAAUGGAAGAGUUGACGAAAAAUCUGUCGAGAGAGAAGAAGAUUGAGUUUGUGGCAACGUGUUUAGCCAUGGAGUCGCAUGCGUUUUUAAGGGCCGGGUUUCGAGCCGUGAAACGGUUCAAUCUGUACGAAGAAUUUCCGUACAUUAAGAAACAGUAUUGGGAAAGUUCCAUCGACCGAAUGGUUUCGAAAGGCGCGUUCGAGGCGGCGUUGAAACACGCCGGAGAUGACGUCCGUUUUCAAGAGCGAGUGGUGAGCGCGCUCGUUACUGCGGGAGAAUUAGAGUACGCGAGAACGUUUGCCGAGCGAUGUGGCUUUAGCGAAGCUGAUAUCGCUUCAAUUUGUUCGGACGAGAUGAGGAUGCAAAUGCGCAUGGACCGCGAGUUGCGAUAUUAUAAACUGCCAGAAAACGUAAACGUGAGUUUCGUGGACGAUGAAAAUUCCUUGAAAGAAAUGUUUAGAGUUUUAAGCGCGUCCAAUGCGAUUGGCAUCGAUACCGAAUGGGCCGCCAAGCUCGGCGGUUCAGACAGUGAGAAUGAGAACGAGGAGGAUGAGGAAGAGAGUAAAGAAGACGACGCGAAAGCCGCGCCGCCGCCGUCGAAACGAGCUCGCAGCAGCGCUCUCAGCGAAACCGUCGCGUUGCUCCAAAUCAGUUCCAAAUCGGAUUGUUUCCUCUUAGAUCUCCCAAAACUUAUCGACGACGCGCCAUCGACGGUUUUAAGAGACACUUUGGGCGCUUUAUUUUCAAACGAUUCGAUUUUAAAGCUCGUCUUUGCCGGCAAAGAAGACUUCAAGCGGCUCAGUCAAUGCGCGUCGUACCUCGGCCAACCGCGAAACGUCCUGGACCUUCAACACUACUGGAGAACGAGAGUGGAAGACGCUCGAAGCGCGAGACAGAAGAAGAAGAUGAUGAAGAAGAACGGAGAAGAAGAAGAAGAAGAAGAAGAAGAAGAAGAAAACGGAGAAGGAACCGAUCGGAGAAGAAAACCGUGGCUCCUCGAGAAAGAACUCAACCGACACCAACCCAUCGGUCUCUCCAACCUGUGCUCGGUCCUUCUCUCAAAACCGCUCGAUAAAUCCGUCAGAAUGUCCGAUUGGUCCUCGCGGCCGCUCUCGGAAUCUCAAACCGCGUACGCCGCUUUAGACGCGCAAGUAUUGGUCGAUUGUCACCAGAUUUUGUUGGAAUACGAAGAACGAUGA